UUGGCGCCGUCUUUAAACCUAAUUCUUCUUCUUCGCUUAUUUAAACGUCAAUAGUUCUAAGUCUUCCUUCGUCAACACUUAUUCUUCUUCUUUACUUAUUUAAACAUCAAAAGUUCUAAGUCUGCCCUAGUCAACACAGCUCAAGCUCCGUCCAGAGAAGAUGUCUUUGAUUCCUAAUGAGAUUUUAACAAACAUAUUUAGCCGAUUACCUGUUAAGUCUUUGCUCCGUUUAAAGUGUUUAUCUAAAUUCUGGCUUGCACAAAUCAGUAGCCCCUCUUUCAUCAAAAUGCAUCUCACUAGUCCAGUUCAAACCAAGAACCUUUUACUCUUCCUAGAGAACCAAGAUAUCUUUCAGGUGGAUUUUGAUUCCCUCGAAGAUGGUAGCGUUGUUCAACUGGCCGAGGUCGAUUACAUUCCAUUGAUUUGUAGUCAUGCUGAAGUUGAGUUUUGCGGGUCCUGUGAUGGCUUGAUCUGUAUGGCAAAUGCUAAGAACGCUGACUAUGUUGUUUUAUGGAAUCCAUCAACGAGAGAGUGUUUUAAUCUGGAUUCCACAUGUAUUGAUAACCCUGACGAUGCCGUUUCGGAAGAGUGUAUUUAUCGACUUGGUUACGAUAAGAUCAAUGAUGAUUACAAAGUUGUGAGACUUGCGUUUUAUUUAAAAGAAUUAUUUGGAAAACCCGAUUAUGAAGUUAAGGUUUAUAGUAUGAAAACAGAUUCGUGGCAUACGUCGGAGAAGUUUCCUUAUUAUCCGAGUACGGAGAGCAUUGGAAAUUCUGUGGCUGGUGGAGCUAUGCACUGGAUAUCAGACAUGAAAUUGGACUCACAAAAUAAAAGGAUGAUUGUUGCCUUUGAUUUCAGGACAGAAAAAUAUAGAGUAAUAUCACCGCCGGAGAGUCAAGAUCCUUAUGACUGCUUGUUUUUGGAUAAUUUAGAAGGAUGUCUUUCAAUAAGUUGUUCUCGUUACCUUUCAUUGACUAUGGAUUUAUUUUUGCUGAAGGAAUAUGGUGGAGAGAAUGAACAUUGGUCGAAGUUAAUUACAUGGUCACCAACUUUUUCUUUCCAGGUUCAAUCCACUAUGGUACCUAUUGCCUAUUCAAAAUGUGGUAAGAAAGUACUAUUGAACUUGGAUGAUGAGAGACUUGGUUGGUAUAAUUUAGAAGAGAAGACAUUUGAGGAAAUUAGGAUUCAUGGUAUCGAAGAAUUUAUUGAAGCGGACAUUUGUGUGGAAAGCCUAGUCUGUAUUGAUGUUUAAGUAACUCAUAUAUUAGUAACUCUAUGAAAAAUCUUUUAGAAGAUUGGAGAAAUUGAAUAUGUGGGUAGAUUAUAAGAUAGUUUUCUUAUGAAAUUAAUGUGAUGUAUUAUUUAGAAUUUCUCUGGAUUCAAAGUUUCUUUCCACAUUUAUUGGGCUUCUACAAUA